AUGGUGCACUUGCGCGAGUGUCCCCUGCGGUUGGAGAAGAGCUUCAUCUUGGAUGGUGUGGCGGUGAGCACCAUUGCCAGCACCUAUGAACGCUUGAAGCCCAAGCUCUGGUCCGCGAUUCCGCCUUACAAUGCGCAGCAGGACUACCACACCCGGCGGUAUUUCAGGAGCCAGGCGGUUCCGCCCAUUCUGCAGAAAACUGAUCAGGAUCAUGGAGGUACAGGAAGGGACGGCUGGAUAGUGGAUUAUUUUCACAUCUUCGGGCAAGGACAGAGAUACCUCAACAGGAGAAACUGGGCAGGGGCAGGGCAUUCCCUCCAGCAGGUGACUGGGCAUGACCACUACAAUGCCAAUUUGAAAACGAACAUGGGGUUCAAUGGUCGGUUUGGCUAUCGCAGGAACACCCCAGCCCUCCGCCAGCGCUCAUCUGUCUUUGGAGAGGUCACCCGAUUCCCUCUUUUCUAA